GCUCUGCUGCAACCUCUGCCUGCAAGAAAGCAAUGGAGAAAUCCAGACCCUUAUGGGACAAUCCCCUGCAGUUUGUUUUCGCCUGCAUUUCCUAUGCUGUGGGGCUGGGAAAUGUGUGGAGGUUUCCAUACUUAUGUCAGAUGUACGGAGGAGGUGGCUUUUUGAUCCCAUACCUCAUCAUGCUGAUUGCCGAGGGGAUGCCCCUGCUGUACUUGGAGCUGGCUGUGGGGCAGCGCAUGCGGCAGGGCAGCAUCGGCGCCUGGAAAAUAAUAAGUCCCUACCUCUGCGGUGUUGGAGUUGCCAGUGUUGUCGUCUCCUUCUUCCUCUCCAUGUACUACAAUGUGAUAAAUGCCUGGGCCUUCUGGUACCUCUUCCACUCCUUCCAGGACCCCCUGCCAUGGGCCACCUGCCCCCUCAACAGCAACCGCACGGGCUACGAGGAGGAGUGCGAGAAGACAUCGUCCACGCAGUACUUCUGGUACCGGCAGACCCUGAACAUCUCCCCGGCGCUGGAGGCCAGCGGCAGCGUGCAGUGGGAGCAGGCGCUGUGCCUGACGCUGGCCUGGCUCGUGGUUUACCUCUGCAUCCUCCGCGGCACCGCCUCCACCGGCAAGGUCGUCUAUGUGACAGCCUCUUUGCCAUACUGUGUUCUCAUCAUAUACCUCAUCAGAGGAUUAACACUUCAUGGAGCUGUGAAUGGGCUCAUCUACAUGUUCACACCAAAGCUGGAGCAGCUGUCGAACCCCAAGACCUGGAUCAGCGCUGCCACGCAGAUCUUCUUCUCACUGGGCCUUGGCUUUGGCAGCCUCAUCGCCUUUGCCAGCUACAACGAGCCCUCCAACAACUGCCAGAGACACGCCAUCAUCGUAUCCCUCAUCAACAGCACCACCUCCAUAUUUGCCAGCAUCGUCACUUUCUCCAUCUACGGCUUCAAGGCGACCUUUAACUAUGAGAGUUGUAUCAACAAGGUGAUCCUGCUGCUGCUGAAUGCUUUUGACCUGGAGGAAGGCUCUUUAACAGCAGACAACCUCAAUGAGAUGAAAGAUUACCUCAUGGCCACCUACCCACAGGAAUAUGCCCAAUUAGCACCACAGAUUAAAAACUGCAGCUUGGAAGCUGAGCUAGACACGGCUGUCCAGGGGACGGGACUGGCAUUUAUAGUCUAUUCGGAAGCGAUCAAAAACAUGGAGGUGCCCCAGCUGUACUCUGUGCUCUACUUCUUCAUGCUGCUGAUGCUGGGCAUUGGCAGCAUGCUGGGGAACACGGCUGCCAUCCUCACGCCACUGACCGACAGCAGGGUCAUUGCCUCCCGCUUUCCCAAGGAAGUGAUCUCAGGUGUUGUGUGUUUCAUGAAUUGUAUAAUUGGCCUGAUCUUCACCAUGGAGGCUGGAAAUUACUGGUUUGACAUCUUCAAUGACUACGCAGCCACCCUCUCGCUGCUGCUCAUCGUGCUGGUGGAAACCAUCGCUGUGUGUUACAUCUAUGGGAUAAGGAGAUUUGAGAAAGAUCUUUACACCAUGAUUGGAUGCAAGCCAAACUGGUAUUGGAAAAUUAUGUGGGCUUUUGUUAGUCCACUGCUUAUUAUAAGCCUAUUUAUUUUUUACCUCACCGACUACAUCCUCACAGGAACAUUGCAAUACCAAGCAUGGGAUGCCACACAGGGCCAGCUGGUGACCAAGGAUUACCCAGGCUAUGCCCUGGCGGUGAUCGGGCUGCUGGUGGCAUCAUCUACCAUGUGCAUACCGCUGGGAGCACUAAUGACUUUUAUAAGGAAGAGACUGAAGAGGGAACGAGUUUCAACUGUUGCAUGAAAGCUGACAGCUGGAUUUGGGAAGACCUUACCCCCAUCACCAGCGACUGGGCACUUCUGGAAGACAGCAGCAACCAUUAUUUGUAGCAGCUACUUAUAGA